ACAACACCGCUUCCUCGUUCCAUUGCUACUUGGAUAUACGUUUCCAACCAUGGCGACUCCAGCGACGCCCACUACUGAGUCCAAUGGCUCAAACACUCGCCCCCAGACGCCCAGCGUUAGCGGCCUGGCCCUGACCGAGUACACCGCGAAUCCCUCACCACCGCACUCGAACGCUGAAUCCGUACCGUCAUUCAACAUUCCAGACCACUUCUUGCUCCCUAGCGGCUACCCAGAUUACCUGCGACUUAUCCUGACCUCGCGCGUCUACGAAGUUGUGAAGGAGACGCCUCUCACACAUGCUGUUAACCUUAGCAACCGGUUAGAAUGUAAGGUGCUGCUGAAGCGCGAGGAUCUCCAGCCAGUCUUCAGCUUCAAGUUGAGAGGAGCGUACAACAAGAUGGCACACCUCGACCAGAAGGAGAGCUUCAAGGGCGUUGUCGCAUGUUCGGCCGGAAACCAUGCGCAAGGCGUCGCCUACUCUGCCCGGAAACUCAGAAUACCUGCAACCAUCGUCAUGCCUUCCGGCACUCCCGACAUCAAGCAUAAGAACGUUUCUCGGAUGGGUGGUCAUGUCGUGUUGCAUGGUCCAGACUUCGAUUCCGCGAAGGAGGAGGCACACAGGCUGGAGAAGGUGCAUGGCUUGACCAACAUUCCUCCCUUUGACGAUCCGUACGUUAUAGCCGGCCAGGGCACCAUUGGAAUGGAGCUGCUGCGCCAGACCAACCUGCAGGAGCUGGAAGCUGUCUUCUGUUGCGUCGGUGGUGGUGGCCUCAUUGCGGGUGUCGGUGUCUACAUCAAGCGCAUUGCGCCGCAUGUCAAGGUCAUUGGUGUCGAGACCUACGACGCGAACGCGAUGGUGCAGUCACUGAAGGAGAAGAGGCGGGUACUGCUCAAGGAUGUCGGUCUUUUCGCCGACGGUGCGGCCGUCAAGACUGUUGGUGAGGAGACUUUCCGUAUCUGCACGGAGGUCAUCGACGAUGUCAUCCAGGUCACCACCGACGAGACUUGUGCCGCCAUCAAGGACGUUUUCGAGGACACUCGCUCCAUCGUCGAGCCUGCGGGCGCACUUGCGCUUGCUGGUCUCAAGAAGUAUGUUGCGUCCAACCCCUCACCCAACACCAACCGCGGCCUUGUCGCUGUUGCCUCGGGCGCAAACAUGAACUUCGACCGUCUCCGGUUCGUCGCAGAGCGCGCGGCGCUGGGUGAGAGGAGGGAGGCUCUGCUCACCGUCGUCAUUCCCGAGCAACCUGGUGCUUUCGCGAAGCUCAUCUCUGCCGUCCACCCAAUGGCCGUGACGGAAUUCGCCUACCGCUACCACAGCCCUACCCACGCAAACAUCUUGAUAGGGGUUGCGCUCAGCCCGAUGUCCCGCGAGCGGGACCUGGCAGAUCUGUUGGCGCGGUUGGAGAAGGAUGGUAUGCAGGCGAACGACCUGUCCGGCGACGAGCUGGCCAAGAGCCACGUCCGGUACCUUGUCGGCGGACGCUCAGGCGCCGUUGCGGACGAGCGGUUGUUUGCUUUCGAGUUCCCCGAGAGGGGCGGCGCGCUGUACAAGUUCUUGACGGAGCUUCAGCCCGACAUGAACAUCUCGCUCUUCCAUUACCGCAACCACGGCGGUGACGUGGCCAAGAUCCUGGCGGGUAUCCAGUGCCCGGCGGGCAAGGAAGAUGAGCUCAGGGAGUUCCUUGCGCGUAUCAAGUACCCAUUUGUUGAGGAGACGGACAACCCCAUUUACAAGACUUUCUUGCGCGAAUAGAUACGCGGAUACAAUAGAGCGGAGCGGCGUGAGGAGUGUGGAAAGAAAAGGCAUUUGGUUUAGAUCUGGAUACCGGGUAGCGUACCUGUAGGAGUAGUGUACUGACACUUGGAUGUGGUUUCUCGGUAUGUAUAGAACUUUUAUGUAUCUCUAGGUGUUGGAUAUUUCGGCAAGGCUUUUUGAAUACAAGAGUG